AUGGUCGGGCAGUUGGGCUACGGCGAACUGAUUCGCAAGCAGUUCAAGCCAAGUAAACUGCUGUUCCACUUCCUCUUUUGGACUUUUCAAUGGGGCAUCUUUGCCUAUGGCUGGUAUAAGCAGGCGGCCGAUGAGCGCCUUGCUGGUCUCAACACGCUGCAGUACUCAGUUUGGAUCUCGCGUGGCGCUGGGCUCAUUCUGUCCGUUGACGGCAUGCUGAUCUUGCUUCCCGUCUGCCGCACCAUAAUGCGCUGGCUGCGACCCAAGUUGCGGUUCCUGCCGCUCGACGAAAAUCUCUGGAUGCAUCGGCAGCUGGCAUAUGCGCUGCUUCUUUUCACCAUCCUUCAUGUCGGCGCACACUACGUCAACUUCUUCAACGUCGAGAAGACGCAGAUCCGUCCCGUGUCGGCCCUGCAGAUUCACUAUGCCCAGCCUGGCGGCAUCACGGGCCACGUCAUGCUGCUUUGUAUGCUGUUCAUGUUCACCACGGCACACGCUCGCAUCCGCCAGCAGUCGUUCGAGACGUUCUGGUACACGCACCAUCUCUUUAUCCCCUUCUUCCUCGCUCUCUACACCCACACCGUCGGCUGCUUCGUCCGCGACUCGGUUGACGCCUUUUCGCCUUUUGCAGGCGAGCCCUACUGGACGCACUGCAUUGGAUACCUGGGUUGGCGUUGGGAGCUCUGGACCGGUGGUCUGUACCUGAUGGAGCGUCUCUACCGCGAGAUUCGUGCCCGCCGCGAGACCACCAUCACUCGCGUUAUUCGGCACCCCUACGAUGUCGUCGAGCUUCAGUUCAACAAGCCUUCCUUCCGCUACAAGGCCGGCCAGUGGCUCUUCCUGCAGGUGCCUUCCAUCUCUCGCUACCAGUGGCAUCCCUUCACUAUCACCUCGUGCCCCUACGACCCCUAUAUUUCGGUCCAUGUUCGCCAAGUCGGCGACUUCACUCGGGCGCUCGGUGAUGCGACGGGUGCUGGCAGCGCACAGGCCAAGCUGUACGACGGAGUCGAUCCCAUGGGCAUGUAUGAGGUUGCCCUCCAGAACGGCCAGCAGAUGCCCGCCCUUCGCGUCGAUGGGCCCUACGGUGCCCCGGCCGAAGAUGUCUUCGAGAACGAAAUUGCGGUGCUCAUCGGCACCGGUAUUGGCGUCACGCCCUGGGCCGCUAUUCUUAAGAAUAUCUGGCACCUGCGGAACUCGCCGAACCCCCCGACCCGCCUGCGUCGUGUCGAGUUCAUCUGGGUCUGCAAAGACACCGGCUCCUUCGAGUGGUUCCAGACGCUUUUGUCGUCUCUCGAGGACCAGUCCAACGAGGCGGCCCGUCUGCCCGGCUCUACGGGCGUUGAGUUCCUCAAGAUCCACACCUAUCUUACCCAGCGCCUCGACAUGGACACCACUCAGAACAUUGUCCUCAACAGUGUCGGCGCCGACAUGGAUCCUCUUACCGAGCUCAAGUCUCGCACACACUUUGGCCGGCCCGACUUCCGUCGGCUCUUCACAACCAUGCGCAACGGCAUCCUUGACAGGACUUACCUCAACGGCCUGGAAGGGAGCAUGCGUACAACCGUCGGCGUCUACUUUUGCGGGCCUUCUGCUGCCGCCCGCGAUAUCAAGGCGGCGUGCAAAGCCGCCACAGUUCGGGAGGUUAACUUUCGGUUUUGGAAAGAGCACUUUUGA